CCAAAACCAGCUCAACCCAACCCACCUCCUCUCCAAUCCACACACACACACACACACAAACCCACACACAACCAACCAUCCACACCAUGCCCCAAAAACAAACCUACAGCACCACCUCCCCCUACGAAACCCUAAUCGGCUACCACCGCGCCAUCCGCCACGGGCAACAAAUCUUCGUCUCAGGAACCACCGCAAUCGACCCUACCUCUCCCCCCGCAUGCCCUCAAAUCCUCUACCCAGGCGACGCAAAACAACAAACCAUCGUCGCUCUCUCAGAAUGCAUAAAAGCCGUGAUUGCGUUGGGAGGGACAGGGGCGGAGAACGUCGUCCGAGUGAGGAUGUUCGUAAGCAGACAUGAGGAUUGUGGGGCUGUGGGGGAGGGGUUUAAAUAUGUUUUGGGGAAGGAUAAGGGUGGGGGCAUUGGGGCUGCGGCGACGAUGAUUGUGGUCCGAGGGGGGUUUGUGAAUGAGGGGAUGUUGGUUGAGGUGGAGGUUGAUGCUGUUGUUGAUGCGGUUGGGGAUGGUGAGUAG